ACAGGUCCAUCAUGUCGGAUAGAAAGGCUGUGAUCAAGAAUGCGGACAUGUCCGAGGACAUGCAGCAGGAUGCCGUCGACUGUGCCACGCAGGCGAUGGAGAAGUACAACAUAGAGAAGGACAUUGCGGCGUACAUUAAAAAGGAAUUUGACAAGAAAUACAACCCUACUUGGCACUGCAUCGUGGGCAGGAAUUUCGGCAGCUACGUAACGCACGAGACCAAGCACUUCAUCUAUUUCUACUUGGGGCAGGUUGCGAUCCUCCUCUUCAAGUCGGGAUAGGAGGCAGGUGAUGGUGGAGGG